GUCACUAUCAUCUACCCCACCAACAAUGGGAACAGUCACAAGUCAUGUUGACUCCCAGAUUCGCACACGACAGUAAGGUCUCGAGUUAUCCUUGAAACCUUCAAUGCCCCCUCAACUAUGCUCUCGUACCCGACAAUCCCAGCCAGUGUCAGUACAAUCAAUCUUCACACUUCCGAGUCACGCACAACCGCCAUUAUACCGCAUUAAUCUCUCACUUCCCCCACGAGAGAGAUACAAAGAAAUAUGCAAGGACUAUAAAACUGAACUUCUCCAGAUAUCUCCGCUAUACGACGAGAUUCUCGGCCUCACACCGUUCCCGCGAUUAUUCAAAGGUGCAGCCAGGCUACUCCUACGGCGUGUCCAUUCUGAAGAAGAAAACGAAGAGAUUUCUGGGAUAUCGCAGGCUACUGGGAUCUCAAAGCAUCUUGUCAUUGCCUUCAACACGUUUCUGGAUCUUCUCUCAGGGUGUAUAAGUGGUGGAGUGAAGGUUGUGGACGGGGGCUCGGACGGCAGGUCUAGUGGGAUUGUCCAUUUCCGUGGACUCGACUGGGAGAUGGAUGUGCUUCGAGACUUGACUAUCUGUGUGGAAUAUGUUCGCGAAGGUCAAGUCAUUGCCAGAGGAGUUACAUAUGCCGGUUACAUUGGGGUUUUGACUGGAGUGAGAGAAGGACUCUCGAUUUCCCUUAACUAUCGCCCAACGCCGACAAGAUCCAAACUCGCUCGUUAUCUCCACUAUAUUUCUAUCAUUCUUGGUCGUCGACCAUCGAAUACCAGCAUUUUACGAAGAAUACUUCUCACUAGCCAGCCUCCUCCCUCAUCCCGGAAAGCCCUUGAGGCCGAGAUCUUCAAGUAUCCCGGAUCGCCUUGUUACUUGACAUUCUGCACACCAAACGACAUAUUCGUAUUCGAGCACGGUCUUGAUGGCUCCACGACACACAGCUCUGAUUCAUUUCUUGCCGUGACCAACCAUGAUAAGAGCAUGGAGGAUUGGACCGAGGACCAAUGGAACAAUUUUCUAAAAUCUCAACUGGGACUAGAGUCUGGUGCAGGGCAUACGGUUCGCGAUCUAGUCGCCGACAGUGUUGAGAGGAAGAAUUGUGUAUGUGGCCUCUGGGAAAGUGUACGGGUACCGGCCAGUGGCAAGCCGCUCAAGAUUGUUGACGUCGUGGACUGGUUGCAGACGAAGCCGUUAUUGAAUGAAGAUACACAUUAUUCUUGUGUUAUGAAUCCUGCCGUUUGCGGAGGUGGCUUGCACUGGGUUGUAUCGUACGAUGAGCCCGUGAAGAUGGACCAGCCUUCUAGUUCGGAGGAUAGUGAUGAGUAGGGUAUAUUCGGGUGACAUGCAACUACUUACACACACUUGACACCAAAUGAUCCUUGCCUAAACGAUGUUGUAUCACAUGGAAAUUGGACCUACACACUGCACAGAACCCUG